GGGGCGGGGCCUGCGGUAUCACGUCCAUUGUGAGGGGCGGGGCCUGUGGUGUCACGUCCAGGGUGAGGGGCGGGGCCGAAGUAAUCAUGGCGCUGUCCGGUCUGUACGGCUUUCUGCUCGUCUUGCUCCCGGCUGUGCUGCUGGCCAAGAAGGGAGACGUGACGGAGAUCACCGAUGACAACUGGAGGGACAUCCUGCAGGGGGAGUGGAUGAUCAAGUUUUACGCCCCCUGGUGCCCGGCCUGCCACAAGCUACAGCCGGAGUGGAAGGAGUUUGCAGAAUGGGGCGACGAUCUCAAUGUGAACAUCGCCAAAGUGGACGUCACGGCACAAGCAGGUCUCAGCGGCCGGUUUAUCAUCACCGCGUUGCCCACCAUAUACCACUGUAAAGAUGGAGUUUUUCGGAAGUAUCAGGGCGCCAGGACGCACAAGGACUUCAUCAGCUUCGUCAAUGAGAAGGAAUGGGAGUCGAUAGAAGCCGUCUCCUCGUGGUUCAGCCCGGAUUCUCUAUUGAUGAGCGGCAUGUCUACCCUGUUCCAGCUGUCGGUGUUGAUUCGGCACUGUCACAACUAUUUUGUGGAGGACAUCGGCCUUCCCGUCUGGGGGUCCUACGUCUUAUUCGGAUUGAUGACCCUGUUUCUUGGUCUGGUCCUGGGGUUGUUUCUGGUGUUUGUUGCAGAUUAUCUGUGUCCAACCAAGAGACAGCGACCUCAAGGCUUGGCCUACCCCAGAAAACUUACUCCUGAGGCCGAACGAUUUCUGAAAGAUCUGGAGGAAGAGGAUGAGGACAAGGAGGCGACCGACAGAUCACAGGACAAUCUACGGAAACGGACUGGGAAAUAAUACGCUUUAGUUUUUUAUUUGUUUUGUUACAGUCAGAAAACAAGUCCCUGACCCUGGCAAUAGAGCAGCGGCUGCAACGCAUUUCAUUCCAGUAGAUUUCAGCUCCAGACCUCGUCCUAUAGACCCUGCGGAUCGUCCUGGUCAGACUGGACCUAUUAUGCGCAGCGGCUUCCGGAAGCGAUUCUUAGACUCUGUUAUCCGUGUUCUAUCUGUCAUGGAGGCCGGAGGCUCCCGUAUACAUCGUGUGUUGUCCGUAUUUGCGGCACGUUCAGCGUUCUGUGUAUUUCCUGAACAUUUAAAACCUCUUUCUAUCAGAAGUUUAACAUGGCUUCUGCUAUAGGGUCAUCUAUGGAGAAAUUAACCCUUAAUGCCUCUUUCAUUUGUUUACCUAAUUCUAUGCUGGGAUUUGUAGUUACACAGCAGCCGUUGAGGACCAAUGCAUUGGAGUCAGGUCAGUGUCUUCACACUUCAUGAUGUCUAGUGAUGAUAUAAUCUCAUUGGAGGGAUGGCAGGGUCAUUGCGGCACCUUCUUAUGCUUUACUAGGUUGGUGCACUAUAAGGGCUCGUUCACACAAACGGAUUUAUUUGUGGGUUUUCCGCUGCGUGUUUGAAAGGGGGCUGCGGAAUCUCCACUGCACCUCAGUCCCUAUUGACUUUAGUGGGGCUUGCGGCGUAUUUUUCGCAUUGGAAAUUCUGCAGCCGAAAGUCUGCUGCGGACAGCAACGGAUAACCCGCCCCCUUUAAAACCCUCAAAUAAAUCCGCUCGUGUGAACAGGUCCUAAGCCUCGUGGUGGGUCCGAUCGCUAUCGCUGCUGCUUCUUGCUUAUGCAACGUAAAGCAGGUGGAUUAUUUUAAAGAGGAAGCCCCUCGGUCAUUAAAGGGGUACUCCACUGACCAGCGUUCUGAACAUUUAUUUCCUAACACUGUCAGCGCUGCGGUGGUCAGCCACGCCCCCUCCUGACGUCAGGCCUUGCCCCCUCAAUGCAAUGAAGGAGCAUGGCCUGACGGGGCCAGGGGGAGCUGCUUACCCCCGCAGCUCUGACACAGUGUUGGGAACUAAAUGUUCUGAACGCUGGCCAGUGGAGUACCCUUUUAAAGGGGUACUCUGCUGGAAAAUAUUACCGCUGGGACUAGGGGAUACGUUUCAUUAUCCUGAUAAACCCUUUUAAAGGGGUACUCCGGUGGAAAAAAAUGUUUUAUAUCAACUGGUGCCAGAAAGUUAAACAGAUUUGUAAAUUACUUCUAUUUAAAAAUCUUAAUCCUGAGGUGUCAGCAGAGAGCACUGUGGUCAGACUGAAAAAGAAAUUCAAAAAUAAAAGAACUUCUUGUGUAUUAUACAGCAGCUGAUAAGUACUGGAAGGAUUUAGAUUUUUAAAUAGAAGUAAUUUACAAAUCUGUUUAACUUUCUGGCAUCUGUUGAUUUAAAAAAAAAUGUUUUCCAGUGGAGUACCCCUUUAAGGGGAUUUGAAUCUAUAGUCAUUGUGCAACUGCUAAAUGCUGAUUGGCUAAAAAGGAUCACGUGGUACCUUUUUUUUAAAUCUGUCACAUGACCUUUGCCGACCAAUCAGCCAAUAGGGAAGCCUCUUUUGCAUAUAGCUGGGGCCCUUGUCGUCUUAAGGCAGUAUGUCCCAACCAUUGUGCCUCCAGCUGUUGCAAAACUCCCAGCAUGCCCGAACAGCCAAAGGCACCCUGUUUAGGAAACACUGUUCUUAGGUGAUAGUGUAUUGUCGGGGUGUGCCACCAGUGAGGAUAGACCCCCUUCAUUCAAGGCCAGUGUUUCCCAAACCGGGUGCCUCCAGCUGUUGCAAAACUACAAUUCCAAUCAUGCCUGGCUGUCCGGGCAUGAUUGGAAUUGUAGUUUUGCAACAGCUGAAGGGCCACAGUUUGGAAACCACUGCCAUGGGUUAUUGUCAUUCUUUAGGGAAGGGGUCAUACCUGUCAUUUAUAAGGGACACGGACCCCCACAUUUCCGCUCACCACACAUUCUCACAGUAUUGUACUAACUUCAUGGUUUUGAGGUAUUAGACCUGUUUCCCAACCAGGUUGCCUUCGGCUGUCCGGACAUGCUGGAAGUUGUAGAUUUGCAACAGCUGGAGGCACCCUGGUUGGGAAACACUUCAUUAUACUGAUAUCUAUGUGUUUACGGUUUAUUCCCCGCCAUAACGUUACACCCGCUCAGUGUUGUCAAGCUUAUUUAUUAAGUCCAUUCAUUGUAUUCCUCUACAUGUUGUUGAGUUAGAGCUCCGAUCAUGGGCCCCCGGGGUACAUACACACCAGUGGGUCAGCACCGACCAAUCAGAUCACUGCGUACGCGAGCAUGUGAUCGGUUCAUGCAGAUCCCUCCCACCUCCUGUAGGGGGCCCCAGUAUGUUGGGUGCUGGAGCUUCGCUCUCCAGGUCAGCACUAUGUCAUGUAGAUCGACCGCAGACAAAUCUUUUGUAUUUUUUGUAAUGGGACGGAUGAUGUUAAUAAACAGGGUUUUGCUUUUUGUGACUCUU